CAGAAGCGAAAGAGCUACACUAUCAAGGACAAACUCGCCGUGAUUGCCGAACACGAGGAGGGCGUCAGUGGCAGCGGCUUCCAUGCGCUCGGUAUCAAGCACGACGUCGCGCCAGGCACGCUGCGAGGCUGGUGGAAUGACCGCCAAAAGCUGCAUGAAGCCUCCAAGGAUCGCCAAGUUGAAAUGAGAACGACGCGUCGUCUAGGACCCGGAGGGCGCGGCCCCAAGCACGGCGAGAUGGAGGAGCGACUCCACGCCUGGAUCCUCGAUAGGAAUACCAAGGGACUUCGUGUGAAGGACAGCUGCAUACGGCUGCAAGCUCAGAACAUCUACCGCAAGCUA